GCAGCACAGACACCGGCUGGUGCUCUGGCCAAACCCCUGCUGUAAACGGAACCUCUGGGAGAACAGGCAGAGGGAGGAAGUGAAGAAGAAGGGGAAGCAGAGGGGGAGAGGAAGAGAGGAGGGGAGGGAAGGUGGCCUCAGAACCCCGCGGAGGCCGCGCCCCAGCGAGUGCUCUUGCAGGUGCCCUUGCAGGUGCCCUCAGCAGCUGCGCAGGCCGCGCCCAGCCCCGGCCCCCAGAGGCUGCAGGCCUGGGAGGUGCCAGCCCUCACCCUCUGAGCCAGAGUGAUAAGGGCUGCUGGGCCGCUGGGCGCGGACGAUGGCGAAGCUAGCGACAUGGAUCCUGCUGGGGACCGGUCUGGCCUUUUUGGGGCAGAAGUUUGUGACUUUUAGAGAAAAAAUGAAUGCAUCUCGAGAAGUGGUGCCAGUAGAACUCCAGAAUUGCCACCUUAUUGAGAAACUCGAAAAUGGCUCUGAAGAUAUUGAUAUACUCCCUUCGGGGCUGGCUUUUAUCUCAACUGGACUAAAGUAUCCAGGCGUGCCAGAUUUUGCUCCAGGUGAGACAGGAAAAAUCUUCUUGAUAGAUCUGAAUGAGCAAGUCCCGAGGGCACAAGCGCUAAAAAUCAGUGGAGGUUUUGAAGAAGCACUGUUUAAUCCACAUGGGAUCAGUACUUUCAUCGGCAAAGAUGGCACUGUGUAUCUUUAUGUUGUGAAUCAUCCUCUCCUGGAGUCCACCGUGGAGAUAUUUAAAUUUGAAGAACAGCAACGGUCUCUCACAUACCUGAAAACUAUAAAACAUGAACUUCUCAAGUGUGUGAAUGACAUUGUAGUUGUUGGACCAGAGCAAUUUUAUGCCACCAGAGACCGCUAUUUUGCCAGUUUCCCCUUGGUACUUCUUGAGAUGUUCUUCGAUCUUCACUGGACUUACGUCACGUUCUACAGCCCAAGUGAGGUCAAAUUGGUAGCCAAGGGAUUUGGUACUGCCAAUGGAAUCACAGUCUCACCAGACCAGAGGUAUAUUUAUGUGGCUGAUAUAAGAGAUAAGAAGAUUUAUGUAAUGGAAAAACAUGAAAACUGGGAUUUAACUCAACUGAAGGUACUACAAUUGGAAACCUUGGUGGAUAACCUGAUUGUUGAUCCCACCACGGGAGAUAUUUGGGCAGGAUGCCAUCCCAAUCUCUUCAAGCUGAUGCACUAUAACCCUGAGGAUCCUCCCGGGUCAGAGGUACUACGCAUCCAGAAUGUUUUAGCAGAUAAACCAACAGUGAGCACUGUCUACGCCAAUAAUGGUUCUGUGCUUCAGGGUUCCUCAGUGGCUGCUGUGUACAAUGGGAAAAUUCUCAUAGGCACUGUGUUUCACAGGGCUCUUUAUUGUGUGCUCUAGACUUCAGAUAACCCUGAACCGCAACAUGAUUGAUAAAAAUAAAUUUGUUGUUACAUAAGUUUAAAAAGAGUUAAAGGAAAUUACAUUGUAGUCACUAAAAGCAAUGACAGUCCACCAAAAUGCCAGAGUGCACCUCAUGUGUCAAAUAUCCUCAAUACAGGCUGUGGCCAUGGAAGCUUCCAGCUCACUAAGAGCCUUCAAUAACUGUGGCAAAAUGCCUUCUACAACUGUAAUGUUGAGUUUCCAGUACUCCAGUCCAUGAGAAAAACCAUGUUCAAGGAGCUGUGAUUUCUCUUCUCUUCACUCAGUUUUGAUGGAGACCAACUGUUAAUCAAGUUCCUCUGCCUUCAGCUAAAAGCAAGAAUUGGUAUCAAGAGACUUUCCAAAACCAGUCUCCCCAAGUACAGUGCAAUCAGGAUCAGUGAAGUUUGCUAGACACACAAGGCCACUGUGGUUGUUUGUAUUAGGUUUUUCUUUAUAUCGGUAUUUGUGUGUCAAAUAUUAUUAAUACUGCUUCACUCUGAACCAUGAGAUGCAGCCUUGAGGCAUCAUAUUGUGCAACUUUCAGCUUUCUUUGCUGGUUAUUUCAAUAAGCAUUUAUUAAGCAACCUCUUAUACACUUGUCAUUAAUAAAUCUGAAAUGAAUAAGAUGGUCCUGAUCUACAUAUGUUCAUCAACAGAUGGCUGAAUAAAGAAAAUGUAGUGUUUACACACA